ACGGCGCGCACGACGGGUGUGUGAUGCGCGCGUAGUCUCUCUCGACGAGCAUGGAGUCCGCCGUGGACUCAGCGUCGACCGCGAGCGAGGUGAGCGGCUCCUCCGGGGGCUCGCCGAGGGUGAAGGCGGCGUCGCCGGCCAGGGCUCUGAGCCCGCCGCAGUUGCUGGCACCGCGGCUGCCGUUGCCGCCGCCGGGCCUGGGGCUGCUGGGCUCGCUGCAGAUGAUGCACCACUCGCCGCUGGAGCUGAUGGCGGCCGCGCACCACCACGGCCCGCCUCGGUACGGCAGCCCACCGCCGAUAUCCACCUCGGACCCGUCGGCCAACGAGUGCAAGCUGGUCGACUACCGCGGGCAGAAGGUGGCCGCGUUCAUCAUCCAGGGCGAUACGAUGUUGUGCCUGCCGCAGGCGUUCGAACUGUUCCUGAAGCACCUGGUGGGCGGUCUGCACACGGUGUACACCAAGCUUAAAAGACUGGACAUAGUGCCGCUGGUGUGCAAUGUGGAACAGGUGCGCAUCCUGCGCGGUUUGGGCGCCAUCCAGCCGGGCGUGAACCGCUGCAAGCUGCUCUCGUGCAAGGACUUCGACGUGCUCUACAAGGACUGCACCACCGCAAGGUGCCUGUCAAUGAAAGCGCCAGACAGCUCCAGACCGGGCCGACCUCCGAAGCGCGCCACAGGCGUGGGUCUAUCGUUGGCUGCCACCCAGUUCCCGGGACACCCCUUCAAGAAACAUCGGCUUGAGAACGGGGAGUACUCGCCUUAUGAAAACGGACAUAUGAGUGAAAUGGCUAGGCUGGAGAAGUCACCGCUUCUUGCUAAUGGCUACAACGCUCCCCCUACCCACCUUGGCCCCAUGGGCUUCAUGCACCAGCAUGCCCUGAUGUCGCCGGGUAUGCCGCACCACGGCGUGCCGCGACCCGACGGCUCCAUCAUCAAGGGACAACCCAUGCACAACAUGGAGGCGCUUGCAAGAUCUGGUAUUUGGGAGAAUUGUAGAGCGGCAUAUGAGGACAUCGUAAAACACCUCGAAAGAUUGCGUGACGAAAGAGGCGAUAUGGAGCGAGUCAUGGCGAUGGAUAAGGCUCGCGAUGGUUCACACAAUGGUUCCUCUCCAGGCCACAGUCCUGUGCUUAACCUGUCCAAGUCUGGCUCUGGAGGCGACCGCGAGCGAUCUGAACGGAGCGACCGCGACCGGGGCGAAGGCUCCGCCAGCGGGCGCAGCUCGGCCGCCUCCCGCAGGACGCCGCAGCCCCCGCGUCUCCCCUCCGCCGCCACGGCAGCCGCCUCGCCCCGGUCGCACUCCGACGACAGCGACGCCGCCCUCUCCGAUCAAGAGGAACACAACGUUAAAGACGAAGAUGAAGGAGCAGAGCUAAGCGACGGCGAGCGAGAGAUGCCGGCGUCGUCACCUGCGCCGGUGAGCUACGCGCAGCCCGCCGUCACGCCGCCCUCCGUGCCUGUCGACCCCACUGCUGACACGCUCGUGUCCUCCACAGAAACCCUGCUCAGGAAUAUACAAGGCCUGCUCAAGGUGGCGGCGGAUAACGCGCGACAGCAGGAGAGGCAGAUUAGUUACGAAAAAGCUGAACUGAAAAUGGACGUGCUUAGAGAAAGAGAGGUGAAAGACAACUUGGAACGACAACUAUUGGACGAGCAGAAGAUGAGAGUGAUGUACCAAAAGCGGCUAAAGAAAGAAAGGAAACAAAGACAAAUGAUUCAAGAACAACUCGACAUGGAACUAAAGCGACGACAAAAGAUAGAAGAAGCGCUCAAGCAGUCCGGAGCUCCUGCAGAAAUACUCAGAAUUGUAACUGAGAAUCUGACACCGGCAGCGCAAGAACAAGGGCGGCACGAGCGCGAGAACGGUUCGGAGAGCAAGCCGCCGAGUGCGGAGCCGCCAGCCGCCUCCCCUCCCUUCCAGCGCGAGCCGCCGCGCACCCCGGACAAGCCGCAGUGGAUACCCCCGCCGCCGGUCGACAUCAUGAGCGGCGGUGCCGCCUUCUGGCAGAACUACUCUGAGUCCCUGGCGCAGGAGUUGGAGAUGGAGCGCAAGUCGCGACAGCAGGCUAUGGAACGCGACGUGAAGAGCCCGCUCUCCGACCGCGCCGGCUACUACAAGAACUCGGUGCUUUUCAGCUCAGCCACUUAGCUGGCACACGCCGGGGCCAUGGACUUCCCCGACAACCAAGAGUACGAUAAAGAAGUCAACGAAUCGAGAAAACCAAUGAUCAGCGUCAAACCUGAAUUUAGGGAAAAAUAAAAUCCAAAGAUUUAGAUUGGCGAACAAUGGUAUACCGUCACACUAAUCUUUCAGAAUACCUACGCACGAACGAGUGUCUUUGAUAGUUCUCAAGAUUCGAAUGUUCAUCUUAUUGUUUAUUCUAUUCUAAGUUUUCGGCGUGAGGAUCUCAAUGAAGUUGUAGGUACUUCGUAUUAUUGAGAAUAAUUUGUAAAUAUUGUUAUUGAAUUCGUAAUAAGGAGGUUUCGUAACGUUCAACGGAGUCUCGUCAAAUUUUCUUCCAUAGUAAAAUUUGUAAAUAACACUUUAUAUAUUAUUAUUAGGAGUAAGACAUGCGGUUUUAUCGACGAUUCAAAUAUAUAAUUUAUUUUAUUCUUCAAUAUUUAAACCACGAGUAGUACCUUUACACUUAUCGUUAAAUGCCAUAUUUAUGUAAUAAGUAUUUUCUGUUGUUUAACUCUUGUGAUGUGCACAUUGGAUCAAGGUUAUUUGGAAACGUUCAAUCCGUAUCUACCUACUACAUACAUAUCAUAAGCUUUGAUGAAUUUUGUCGGUCAGAGAUCGAUUGAAACAAUGGUUGGAAUUGAUCAAAGACUGCUUUUGGAGUUUUGUUUUUUUCUAAAGUUGACUACACUAGUCUCGCCGUUGUUCUGUAAAGGGUGUUUAAGUUCCUAUAAGACCGUUUGUUUAAUAUUUGCAAAAGACCACCAUAUCGUCAGUAAAACUGAGUGACAGUAGGUAAACAUUAUGUCACCCAAAAAAGUAACGUUCAAUAUCAAUAAAGUAAUGUUAUGUGAUCUUCACUAUCACGUAAUUUAUUCAAUUUUAGUGCAAUGAUUAGUUGUAACUGAAACUAGUAUAUCUUUUUAAUCAUAAAAUGUACUAUAGAUGAUACCUUAAGUUAGUGGUUUUGAAAAGAUACAUUUUUACAAUUGUUUAUUGACUGAACAGUAAGAGAGAACACAGGCAGCAGAGACAGUGCGGUUCUCGACUAUUCGUACAAUGUAACGUUAAGUGUCUCGUUUUAACUUUGGUAAUGUAGACGCUGUAUAAAUAAUUAUAUUCGCUGUGUCUCGUAUCUGUAACGCAGUAUCGAUGUAUAUGAGUAGAAGUGCUAACGUAAGUUCAGUAGUUUUAAAAUUAUACAUAUAAAAAGUAUGAAAUGAUAGCGUUAUUUAUAUUGAUGCUUAGUUUACGAGACUUUGGAUGUCUUAAAUAGUUUUAAUAAGAUUUAGAGUAUAUGAAGCGGAGAAUUGGCGCUUGGCUAUUACGUGAUAUGAAAUACGUUUUUUGAGUAAUCAGGCGCAGAUGUCCGCGAUGACCGACAUUGAGUAACAACAGUAUACCUUAAUGUUUUAUUUGUUAUAAAUAAGUUAUUAAUAGUCAAGCGCCGAUACAAAUAUUCGAUUCAUACAAUUAAUUUGGUAAAUUAUCUGUAACGGAUAAUACGAUGUAAUGAAUAAAACUUAGUUGUUAUAAUAAAUGUUUAGCUGAUCACGAGUGACUGUGUAAAGAGCGUGAAUGUGGUCCUUCGUAUCAUUUGAUUAUUGUUUCAUCACAAAGUAAAUUGACAAUACUGAGUUAGGAUAUAACAGUUGUAAGUAGCCGGCCGGCACACAAAUACAGUAUUGUCUAUAAUUGUCUUGACGUUCAUAGUAUAGAUUUUUUCUUUAUUUAAAUGUUGAGGCUUCUCAGUCGAUGUACGUAUUAUUUCUUUGGGUAAUAGUACGCAGUUCAAGCAAACAUUAUUAUUUAUUAUAUGAUUAUUAUUGAUUUAAUUAAAAUUGUGUGUGUGCCUUGUAUCGUAGAUGAAAAUAUCAAGAUUAAAAGGGAAAAUUAUCA